AAUUUAGGCGCGUAAUUUAAUCUGAGCGAAAUAAGACACCGAAGGACGGCGACGAGAAAAUGGUCCGCGUAACCAUUUCGUGGGCUAUAGUGGAGGCGCUGGAAAAUCUGACAAAGGAUGCCUUCAGCAAAUUUUGUCACCAGCUGCGGGACCGCAGGGAAGAGCCGCGGGUCAGACGCAGAGAUGUGGAGGGUAAAACUUGCUUGGAGAUUGCCGACUUCCUGGUUUCAACCUUCACCGAACCCGGAGCUCGUACAGUGACUCUGGAAGUACUGAGGCAGAUUAACUGCAACCAGGUGGCAGAUACACUGGAUUCAAAAACCAAAGCAUGUGUGGACAAAGGUGACCCUACUUUUCGCAAGACCUCUAACGGGGAGUUGGAGACAGCGCCCUCACAGGAGGCUAAGACUCAACGUAGACAAGGUCAUCCUGUAACAGUUAAGGAGCCAGAGGAGGUGGAAGCUGAAGCGAGGGCCCUCGUUCUGUCUGAGGGAGGGGACCCUUCCAAUGGUAGGCUCGUUCUGAGCAGGUUUGUGAUUCAGUUUGGCCAGUACAACGGUAAAACCUUCAAAUGGCUGCUGGAGAAUGAUGUGAGCUACACUGCCUUCCUAGUGGCAAGCCAUCAGAUGGAGCCCAAAAAUGGAGAGCCCACAAUGAGUCAGAGACGACUGAUGGCCAACAAGGAUUCCUUUACUCGAUAUGCGAUGGCUUACCCUGAGGUUUCGAAAGAAGUCCGAGAUCAUUGCAAGAAAGCCAAAGUGAGGUCCCUCCAAGAAGGACAGGCCCUCGUUGGCUUUGGCAUUUACAAAUCUGAGACGCUGAGGGGUCUGUACGAGUCGAAGAGCGAGGCAAAAAUCAACUAUGUCCAAUUCCUCCUGGGAAAGAAGUCAACCUGUCAGCCAUGGUCCAAAAUGGAGGUCGCUAUAAGAUACAUUCUGCAGCGUGACCAAAAGCGGGCUGCAGCUGCCAGGAAGAGACAGACCAGAGGGAAAAGGUCCAAAGCACCAGCAGGCCCAUAAGGAGGAAGCUGAAAAGGAGCUGGAGGAGGACACCAUUCUCCCCUUUAUCCUAUAACCAAUAAAUCCCCUCUUUUUUGUAGCAUAUGUAGCAUACAAGUACCAGGUAUCAGUAAUACAUUAUUAUCACCAUUAAUAAAGUCCAUUAAUUACAACUCUUCUAUUGUAAAUUAUACCUUAUUAGAUGAAGGUAUGAACACUAAAAGCUGUUUAUUGAGGAUGGAUUUGCAUAUGCAAUGCUUACCUCUUCCUGGAAGAAGAAAAAUGCACAAAAUCCAGAUGAAUGUGUCAACACCUAGUUAUAGCUUGAAUACAGAUAAAAGUCUAUUUUUUGUCAAUAUUAAGUCCAUUUAUAUAGACAAAUGUACUGUGGAAUUACACAGUACUAGCAUAUUGAUUCAAAUACCUGAUAAGACCAAUGUUAAUAAAUGCCUGUGUUGUACUUUUAAAACUGUUACUGAGCAACUGAGUUUAUUCACUCAUUAAAAACUGAGGAAAAGCUUGAGAAA